AUGGCCACGGAGGCCUUUAAGAAGACAGCAAAGGCCAAGCUCUUUGACCUUAGGAACAUAGGAAACAGCUCGGAUGGCACGACCCAAAUCAUAGCGUUGAAGAAGACGGCGGACACGGCCGAGUAUAUGAAGAUGAACGCAAUCGCAGCUCGUGCGCCGUAUCUAUUGCUGCCUCCUCUUGAGCCGAAACGAGCACUGAGUGCCAUGCAAAUCGAUAUAUUUGCGGCGAGGACGAAUGAACCAGACCUCAACGUUCGUGCACGGGGCCAUUUGUUGGCAACUAUAAUGGCGGUUGCCAACUGGCUCCACGCGAGAGUGGCAGGCCUGAGUCCAGCCGAACCAGGCUGGAAAACAGUCAAGGUGCAGCCCGUUCCAGGGGGUUGA